UCCUCGAGUGACCGGAGUCAAAGUAUCUCUCUCUUUCUCCAUCUCUACAAAUAUUUACUUUUUACCCUCUCCUUUCAUUUUUCUCUAGCCCGCUGGGAAUUCUACUUCUCGGGGGUUUGGGAAUUCAGGCAAAGCUUCCCCCAGAUCCAUUCAAACUCCGAAUAUGAGUAGCUUGGUUGAGAGGCUGCGCACUAGAUCAGAACGAAAGCCAAUAUAUAAUAUUGAUGAAUCUGAUGAUGAUGGUGAUUUUGGGCCUGGUAAACCUGGAAGAGAUCAGGAAAAGUUUGAGAAGAUUGAUAGGACUGACGUGAAAGAUAACUCCUGUCAAGCGUGUGGGGAAAGCGAGAAUCUUAUGGAAUGUGAGACGUGCAACUAUGCAUAUCAUGCUGCGUGUUUACUCCCCCCAUUGAAGACCCCUCUCCCUGACAGCUGGCGAUGUCCAGAAUGUGUGAGCCCUCUGACAGAUAUUGACAAGAUUCUAGAUUGUGAAAUGCGACCUACUGCCGCUGAUGAGAGUAAUGCCUCACAUCUGAAUUCAAACCAGAUUUUUGUCAAACAAUAUCUUGUAAAGUGGAAGGGACUGUCAUAUCUACAUUGCACAUGGGUCCCUGAGAAAGAAUUUAAUAAAGCAUUCAAGACAUUACCACGUCUAAAACAGAAACUUAGCAAUUCUCAGCGUCAAAUUGCUGCCAGUAAGAACACAGAGGAUGAUUUUGUUGCAAUUCGACCUGAAUGGACAACUGUUGACCGGAUCAUUGCUUGCAGGGGAGACGAUGAGAAGCAAUACCUUGUAAAAUGGAAAGAACUUCCUUACGAUGAAUGUUAUUGGGAGGUGGAGGCUGAUAUCUCCACAUUUCAGCCAGAAAUAGAGAGAUUCCAUAGAUUCCAGUCUAGAAGUCACAAAUUAUCUGGUAAGCAGAAAAGCAGUCUUAAAGAGCCUACCGAAUCAAAAAAGAAGCAGAAAGAGUUUCAACAGUUUGAGCACAGUCCUGAAUUUCUUUCUGGAGGUUCACUGCAUCCUUAUCAGCUUGAAGGUUUGAACUUCUUACGUUUCUCAUGGUCCAAACAAACUCAUGUGAUACUUGCAGAUGAGAUGGGACUUGGAAAAACUAUACAGAGUAUAGCUUUUUUAGCAUCUCUAUUUGAGGAAAGAGUCUACCCACAUCUAGUGGUGGCUCCUCUUUCAACUUUACGAAAUUGGGAACGGGAAUUCGCGACAUGGGCACCUCAAAUGAAUGUUGUUAUGUAUGUUGGCUCUUCCCAAGCCCGUGCGGUCAUACGGGAAUAUGAAUUUUACUUCCCCAAAAAUCACAAGAAGAUCAAGAAGAAGAAAUCUGGUCAGCUUGUUGGGGAAAGCAAGCAAGAUAGGAUCAAGUUUGAUGUCCUUCUCACAUCAUAUGAGAUGAUUAACUUGGACUCUACAAUUCUGAAACCGAUAAAGUGGGAGUGUAUGAUUGUUGAUGAAGGACAUCGUCUCAAAAACAAAGAUUCAAAAUUGUUUUCAUCAUUACAGCAGUACUGGACUAAUCAUCGGACACUUCUGACAGGGACUCCUCUUCAGAACAAUCUGGACGAACUUUUCAUGCUUAUGCACUUCCUUGAUGCUGCCAAGUUUGCAAGUCUGGAGGAGUUCCAGGAAGAGUUUAAGGAUAUUAAUCAGGAAGAGCAGAUAUCCAGGCUUCACCAGAUACUUGCUCCUCAUCUUCUUAGAAGGGUGAAAAAAGAUGUCAUGAAAGAACUACCUCCUAAGAAAGAACUUAUAUUACGCAUUGAAUUAAGCAGCAAACAGAAAGAAUAUUACAAAGCAAUUCUCACUCGUAACUAUCAGAUACUAACUCGUCGUGGUGGUGCACAGAUAUCUCUUAUCAAUGUGGUCAUGGAAUUGCGCAAGCUCUGUUGUCAUGCCUAUAUGCUAGAAGGAGUCGAACCGGACAUAGAAGAUGCCAUUGAAUCUCACAAACAACUAUUGGAAUCUUCUGGAAAACUGCAAGUCUUGGACAAAAUGCUGAUAAAACUUAAGGAGCAAGGGCACAGGGUGCUUAUCUAUUCACAAUUUCAACACAUGUUGGAUUUGCUAGAAGACUACUGUACAUACAAAAAAUGGCAGUAUGAAAGAAUAGAUGGUAAAGUUGGUGGAGCUGAGAGACAAAUCAGGAUAGAUCGGUUCAAUGCCGAAAAUUCUUCCAGGUUUUGCUUUCUGCUUUCAACCAGAGCUGGGGGCUUGGGUAUAAACCUAGCAACUGCUGACACGGUGGUCAUAUAUGAUAGUGAUUGGAAUCCUCAUGCUGAUCUACAAGCUAUGGCUAGGGCUCAUCGACUUGGGCAAACUAACAAGGUGAUGAUUUAUAGGCUAAUAACACGAGGAACGAUCGAAGAAAGAAUGAUGCAGCUGACUAAAAAGAAAAUGGUAUUAGAGCAUUUGGUUGUUGGAAGAUUAAAGGCUCAAAACAUUAAUCAGGAAGAACUUGAUGAUAUCAUCAGGUAUGGAUCUAAGGAGUUAUUUGCUGAUGAAGAUGAUGAAGGAGGAAAAUCCCGACAAAUACAUUAUGAUGAUGCUGCAAUAGAUAGAUUACUCGAUCGUGAACAAGCUGGUGAUGAUGACGCACUGUUGGAAGAUGAAGAUGAAGAUGGAUUUCUGAAGGCUUUUAAGGUGGCAAACUUUAAAUACAUUGACGAAGCAGAGGCCAUGGAAGAGGAGGAACCACAAAAGGCCGCUGUGGAAAGUAGACCUGCAGAUACUAGUGCAGAAAAAACAAGUUUCUGGGAAGAUUUGUUAAAGGACAGAUAUGAAGAGCAUAAAGUUGAAGAAUUUAAUGCUUUAGGCAAAGGGAAGAGAAGUCGUAAGCAGAUGGUAUCUGUGGACGAUGAUGAUCUGGCUGGUUUGGAAGAUGUAAGCUCUGAUGGAGAGGAUGAUAACUAUGAAGCUGAAGUGACGGAUGGUGAAACAGCUUCAUCUGGUCCUCUUUCUGGAACUCUUUCUGGGCGAAAGCCUAGUAAAAAGAGAACUCGUGUGGAUAGCGCAGAACCCCUUCCUUUGAUGGAAGGAGAAGGAAAAUCCUUCAAAGUCUUGGGUUUCAAUCAAAAUCAGAGGGCUGCAUUUGUACAAAUAUUGAUGAGGUUUGGGAUGGGGGAUUAUGACUGGAAGGAGUUUGUAGCACGCAUGAAGCAGAAGACAUAUGAAGAAAUAAAAGCUUAUGCCACUCUAUUUAUGCAACAUGUAGUUGAAGACUUAACAGACUCCCCAACGUUUUUAGAUGGUGUCCCUAAAGAAGGACUCAGAAUACAAGACGUACUUGUUCGUAUUUCUGUUAUGUCUAUGAUUAAUCAGAAAGUAAAGUUCGCAACAGAAAAUCCAGGUGCUCCUUUGUAUGAAGAUGACAUCAUGUUCCGUUACCCAGGAUUGAAGGGUAGCAAGUUUUGGAAGGAGGAGCAUGAUGCGGUGUUACUGCGUGCCGUAUUAAAGCAUGGGUAUGGAAGAUGGCAAGCUAUUGUUGACGACAAGGACCUGGGGAUUCAAGAAGUUAUUUGUCAAGAGUUGAAUCUUCCUUUUCUAAAUCUUCAUGUCCCAGGGCAGGCUAAAGCACAAAAUGGAAUACAUAUUAAUAUGGAAGGACCUGGUAACGCUGCUGGAAAUGGUAAUGGCUAUGUCGGAGAAAGUGUAGCUCAGGGAACCAUUGAUCCAGUAAACCAGUCUCAAUCAUAUCAAGAGUCUUCUACAUUGCAUCAUUUUAGAGAUAUGCAAAGAAGAUUAGUGGAAUUUAUUAAGCGAAGAGUACUUCUCUUGGAGAAAGGCAACAAUGCAGAAGCCCAGAAAGAAUACUUUGAUGAGUUGUAUGCAAAUGAGCUUGUGGAGCUUGAGAGGGGAACCAUGGGGACAAAUCUGCCCUAUACUGGGGAGACUGAUCAGCAAAUGGGUGAUCAGCUGCCAAAGGUUGAAGAAAUCGGUUCGGAAGAAAUUUUAGCUGCAGCUUGCGACAACAAUCCAGAUCGUUUAAAGUUGCCUCAGCUUUAUAAUGAGAUGUGCAAACUUGUGGAAGGAAUUGCCCCUCAGUCAGUGCAGACUUCUUUUGAAACUAUCUGCGAAGACAUACUAAGCAGGACUCGCCCCCCUAUGCAACAAAAUCCUCCUACUUCAACACAGCCAAUUCUAAAUGCAGAUGAGCAACCAGGAGAUGAGUCAAAGAGCAAUCUUGUUGUCCCUGAAUCACCCUCUGCAAAAGAGAAUGCUGAUCCUGCUGUCGAAGUUCAAAUGAGAGAUUUGGCAACAGAAUCCAACCCUGAUAUCAUGGCGUUAGACUCCCGCAACACAGCAAAUGAAUAGUGAAUUCCUUGCGAUUUUUAAGCUCGUGGAUGUUUGUGUUUGCCUCAGACAGGUCCAAUAGUGUCCGAAAACGCUGAAAAUGUUGUUGGGAGUCAUGAAAUAAUUGUAGUGCUGUUACCGUAUACCUUGUUGAUCAUAGCUCAGGUGAUCAAAAGUAUUUAGCUCACAGAAGUAGAUACAAAAACAGUUCUUCCCAUCUUCUAUCAAAUAAUAAAGACAACUUAUUUCCUAUCAA